AUGGGCAGCGGCGCCUCGCAGCUUAGCGAAGGCCUUGCCAAGGCCUCGGUGGCAGAACUCAAGGAGUGCGUGCAAGGCCUGGACUUGAAGCAACGUCGAGUCCUGAAGCAGGCAGUGGAGAAGGCGAGCCAUGUCCAUCCUUGCAAGGAGAUGCCCGAGGUGCCAGAUUCCUUGAAGGAGCUCUGGCCGACUUUGGGCGAACGCUUUGGGCCCUACAACUUCCUUUUUGCAGAGGAUCCCACUGAAGCCAUUCGUGGUAAGCUGGGAGAUGCCAAGUUCGUGGACCCGGAGUUCAACGAACUGAUGCCCGAGCCCCAUUGCGCCUAUCGCUUGGCAGAGGAUCCCAACGCCAAAUGCGUGUGGCCCGAAGAGGGUCCAGCCUUCCACCACGUGAAGCAAGUGUCGAUGCCAGACUGCGAGUUCAUGGCAUCAUACGCGGUCAUGGCCAUGUACCCGGACAAGGUGAAAGAGGUCUUUGCCAAUGUGUCUGCUGGUGGGCUUGAUCCCAACGGCAUCUACACCUUCAAGGUGGAGUACAAGGGUCGUGUCGGCUACAUCGUUAUCGAUGACAUCGUCCCAGGAAUCCCCGGCAGUCCCAGCGGCGCAUAUCCAGCCCAUGGAACCAUUUGGAUUAGCCUGAUGGAGAAGAUGACGGCGAAGCUUUCGGAUGCCAACUAUGACAUGAUGAAGGGUCAUGGCAACCGCUAUGACGCCGGCCUGGAGAUCAAAACAGGCAUGGACAUGGUCUGCUUGAUGUUCGGUGGCCACACCCUGUCAGUAAACACUCCCGAGUCCAACGAUGUGAAGUUUGCCGAGUUCAUUGAAUAUCUGAUCUCUGAACCUGGGACGGUCGUGACCUGCUGUCCCAAGAAUCCCAAGAGGGGAGAUGGCCUCGUUGCGCAUCAUGCCUAUGGGGUCUGUGGCACGCAUGCAGUGGGAGACAUCUCCUUAGUGCAGCUUCAAAAUCCUUGGGGGCACUCAGAGUGGACCGGGGACUGGUCCGACAAGUCGGAGAAGUGGGAUGAGCAUCCCGAAGUCGCGGCACAUCUGAGCGACCUGGGCUUCAGCCGCGAAGAUGAGGGGAACUUCUGCGUGUCUCGCGAAGACUUCGUGAAGAACUUCACCAGCUUCCUCUUCAAUCGCAUCACCCCCCUCCGGGCUGCAGAGGAUGAUGGUAGGGAAGACUGGGAGUCCAUGGUGGGAGAGUACUCCAAUGGCACAGACAAGUCGGUGCUGAUGAAGAGGGAGGGAGGCUUCUUCCUGGAGUCCGAGGCCUACGGGCCCAUCCAUUACUGCCGCUCCAAGUACAAGUAUGAGCUGAACAUGAAGAAGCCCUGCGGCCCUGGCACCGCAGUCCUUUUCAGGAAGUCCGAUGGCAGCCCUUUGGGCUACAGCGCAGGGCUGGGAGAUUUCAACUGGUAUCUGGGCCCUGUGCAGUCGGCCCCUGAGGAGGGCAUCUAUGACAAGAAGUACCGCCUGAACAAGACUGGAGGCUUGUUUGUGAACAUGCGCGAGUGGGAGAAGACUGAGAAGGCCCUGCACUGGCGUGGAACGUGGACCAGUGAGGAUGGUGAGUCCAUGACCUUCAAAGGCGGUACCAUGUCUUCCCUCCAGGCGGAGUAUGCUGGCAAGAGCUAUUCUCUGCAAGGCGUCAUGUUCGACGGCUUUGCCAUGUUUGUGCCUCAUGACUACAUGGUCUACUUGAACAUCAACAAGGUGCAGCGUUUCCGGCGAGAGGUCUCGCUGAAAGUGGAGGACGGCGAAGACAAGGUCUUCAAGUUCGAUGCGGAUGCGAGUGGUGUCGAUAGCGAAUAUUGGACAGAAGAGGAGGAAAAAAUGGAAGCAUUGGAAGCCUGA